AUGGCAACGCCGAAAUACGCAUCACCGAUGCACGCCGAUUUAUUUGACUGGAGACUUCGCAAGGCAGACCAUGUCGCUUACCAACAGGAAAAAUUUCAGAACAUCUAUGUUAACCCCAAAGGAGAUCGAUCUAUGCACAUUGGUGUGCCGCUGGACUUUGGUGACGAAUGCCCUCCAGGCUUUCUCACGCAGGUAGGCAAGACCAAGUCUGAACACGGCGAGAUCUCCACUGUCUACUGUGUCCUGGCAAAGGAAAGCCUGCAGGAUGUGGAGAGGAACAAGUUCAAGAACUUUUGCAUGUUUCUUCUCAACCAAGACCGAGAAACCUGCCCCAAAGGUAUGCCAUUAGAACAUUAG